CAUUUAGUGGGGCUGCAAUCUGAGUCGGGAUAACUAGCGCUUGGCCGCUCCUCGAUCGGUCGUCGAUUUUUUACUGCGAGUUUGACGAUUCCUCGGUCGUUGUUUACAUUAAGCGAUUGAGAAGAGUUGGUCAGCGGGGGUGGAAGAACGCGAUGCCACCCUGAAAACGACCUCUGGUCUGGAUACGGAUUCGAAGGUGGACAAGGCUGGUAAACUAACGACGGAGCAGCACCAGGUGGUUGGAACGCGGCUUGGUACCACGCUCUGGUAAGGGAGGAACCCUGCUACCCCUAAUGGAUACCAACAUCCCCUCUUCUGGAAAAGCGACGGCCGGUACCACUCCCUUCGAGCCUGCGGAACGAUGGAGGAUCACCAAAAACGUCCUGGCGAUCGGGUUCGCGUUCAUGGUGCACUUCACCGCCUUCAUGGGAGCCAGCAACCUGCAGAGCUCCAUCAAUGCCGACCACUCCUUGGGCACCUUCACUCUGGCUGCCAUCUAUGGGAGUCUGAUCUUCAGCAACAUCUUCCUGCCGGUCCUGAUCAUCAGUUGGGUUGGGUGCAAGUGGGCCAUCUCUUUGUCAUUCCUGGCAUACGUGCCGUUCAUAGCCGCCCAGUUCUACCCGAGGUUCUACACCAUGAUUCCUGCAGGCUUGGCCGUAGGUUUUGGUGGAGGACCUCUUUGGUGCGCUAAGUGCACGUAUCUGACGGUGGUCUCGGAGGCCUAUGCAACCCUCGCCGACGUCACUGCGGAUGUCGUCGUGACGAGGUUCUUCGGCCUCUUCUUCAUGUUCUAUCAGCUGGCCCAGGUCUGGGGGAACCUCCUCUCGUCAGCAGUCUUGUCCUACGGCGCGGAGGCAAGUGCAAACGCUACGAACGUGAUCCUUAACGUCUCUGCCAUCGCCGGGAAGUGCGGACCCAAUUUCUGCGGACCUACUUCAGAUGCCAGCGACAAUCCCAAUCUGAAGCCACCACCCGCUGAGAGAAUCCACCUGAUUUCUGGGAUUUACCUGGGGUGCAUGGUGCUGGCGUCUCUGAUCGUCGCUUUCGGGGUAGAUAACUUGGCGAGGUACGACCGAGGAAGAGUCGGCUCGGGAACGGGACGGACAGGGUUCCAGUUACUGGCUGUCACCCUGAAGCUGUUGCGGGAAAAAAGUCAGCUGAUGAUCUUGCCGAUUACGGUAUUCAUAGGAGCCGAGCAGGCAUUUCUGUUUGCCGACUUCAACGUCUCCUACGUAUCCUGCGCAUGGGGGGUCGAAAAUGUCGGCUACGUCAUGAUUUGCUACGGAGUAGCUAAUGCGAUAGCUGCCUUGGCCACUGGCUCGAUCAUCAAAAUGACCGGCCGAGUGCCGGUGAUGGUGGUCGCCGUCGCCCUGCACAUGGGGAUCAUGGUGGCUCUGCUCUUCUGGAUACCCGACCCCCAGCAGAGCACCAUCUUCUUCCUCUUUUCCGGCCUUUGGGGCGUCUGCGAUGCUGUCUGGUUGGUGCAAGUUAACGCUCUCAGCGGCAUCCUGUUCCCGGGCAGCGAGGAGGCGGCUUAUUCGAACUUCCGUUUGUGGGAGGCCACGGGAUCCGUGGUAGCGUAUGCAUACAGUCCCUAUUUGUGCACCGACAUGAAGCUCUACAUUCUGAUGGUCAUCCUAGGGGUCGGGAUGGUGGGCUACGCGCUCAUAGAACUCGUCGUCGGGGUAGGGCGGGUGCCGAUUCGCGGCCCCGUCGAGAAAACGGAAUUCGAGUUGGUCUCCACUGGAGAGGACCCACCUCGGUAACUUCCGCCGACGUUAAAGUGAAACUUACCUACGUGAACCGGGUUAACCGUGAUCGGUUAAUUGCAUAGUUGGACCCAGUCCGAGCUUCGUCCCAAUAAACCGGGUGACCGUUUUCUCUCGUUUGCCCUACUCUUUGAAAGAAAGCUCCCUGCUUUUUAAGAUUCUUGUGGGAAAAGUCGUCCACAUGGAAACCACUUGGCUAGGGAGACGUUAGGUGACGAUUUUCCCGCUGGUCGGCGCUGCAGCCGGUCAGAGACGCCCUUUGACCUCUCGUACCACAAUAUAUGCUUUUUUUAUUUUAUUCUUGUGGACACCUACUAGAUCUUACAUAGGCUUAAGGUGUAAAUCCUCUCCGCCAUUAAAUACGUAGUUCAGCGUUACAUCGCGGCUAUGUAUGUACUAA